GGCUAGACCGCGGCUCACAAAUGACGGCUCGCUUGGCCGCGGUGAAAUGAGGGCUAAAACGUGAGACUGGGAUUUUUUUCAUAAUUGUUUUUCUUCACCCACGGACAAAUGGAUCAAGCAGAGCAGCUGGAGGAGAUCUCUGCUUGGUGUAAAGAGGAAGGUCUUCCUCCUGACUCCUCAAAGGAAGCUCAGCUGUGUUUGCUAUGGCGUGCCCUUCAGCACACGAUGAGCCGCCUCAGCAAAGUGACCAGAGACCUGGAAACCCACCGCUCUCAGCACUUAGCAGAAAUGGCGGAGGUACGCAAGUCGCUGGAGCAGAUCAGAUUCUUCACGGAGCACAAAAAUGUUUUGGCUCAGGAGAUACAAGAAGAGAAUGAUCACCUUAAGGAGCAGCUGCGGCACCUAAUAUCACUUCAGGGUGUGAAAAAUUCUUACCUACACAAUAUACAGAUUACAGUAACUCAAGAGCAGAAUUAAUGUAGUGUUGCCUCAUUAUUGGAUGGUAUUUACCCAUAAAUUUCUAAAGACAGAGAUGUUUUAGUCUCAUACGCUAAAGGACUCCGCUUUCUUAUUCUUUUAUCAUCCUAAACAUGCUGUAUUUACUUGAUUGCUCACAAAUUUAGGGAGUAAUCAACUCACCGAAUUCCUCUGUCAGAUGCCCAGAUAAUCGAGGUGGCUAAAAUGCUGUACCAACAGGGUCUCAUAGAAUUGAUUUACAGCAGCCCCAGUGAGCAGGUGGCAUACCUCCUGGUGGAGAGGGCUUCCCUGCUUGAGUCAAGUGAGCUUACAGACAAGGUGACGGGUGAUGGAAACACAGCCAAUCAUAUGGGGACAGGAGCACAAGUGAAGAGCACCGGCGUAUCCCAGGCUGCCCACAAGGGGGCACCACGUCAUGGGCAGAGCGCAUGGAAAAAACUCUUUGGACUCAAGUCUUCACAGAACAAACAUACUUUUAUUCCUGCUGAGGCCAGAUUUUUGGCUGGCCAGGAAAGCAGUUUGGGGAGAGAAUGCUCCCGGCUGGAGCGGGACCUGGAGGAGGGCUCCCGUCGGCUGGCAAUGGCGCACAAUGAGAUCCGGCGUUUGACUGAUGAGCUGGAGUCUGCUCAUUUGACCCAGAGAGCACAUGAGCCUGAGCUGCAAUCAGCACAGCAGGAGAUGGAGCAGCUCCGGCAGGAGGUAGAAAAGCUGAAGAAAUAUGGUCGUGUCGCUGCAAGAAGAAGCAGAGCAGCUGAAGGCAGCCUUACAGGAGGAGCUCCUAACUAAACAGACUCCAGCCAAACAAGUAACAGAGAUGACUGAAGUUGUGUCUCUAAAGAAGAAGGCAGAGCGACUGGAGUCAGCCCUACAAGAGCAGCAGCAGCAACUUCUCACUGUGCGAGUUCAGGCCAACCAUGCCAAUGAAUUAGCCAAAUCUCAAACAGCAGAGCUGGUACAGAGCAAUAAGACCUGCAGACGUUUGCAAGAAAAGCUCACUGCAGAGAUGAGAAGCCUUUUGGAAAAAGAGGAAACUGGAGGAGGUGGAGGAGGUGGAUCGUCUGGCUGAGUGGUGCGACACAAAC